AUGGCAGAGGAGGCAAAACCAAAGGAGGGAGAUCCAACGUCUCAUCCUGUGGAGGAACAAGAAGAUGAUGGAUUCGGAGAUAGGCUACCUGGCAUUAGCGAUGAAGAGGAUUAUCAAGUUACCGUCCGUGCUAUUGCCAUUGGAUGUCUUUUGGGUGCCAUCGUAGGAGCCUCCAACAUGUAUCUUGGUUUAAAAACUGGAUUCACUUUUGGACCUGCUCUAUUCGGUGCCAUUAUCGGUUUCUCCAUUCUUAAACCCCUUUCCCGGGUCUUGCCUCCUGCAUUUGGUGGUGGUCAUUUCGGACCAAAAGAAAACUGCACUGUUCAAACUGCAGCUACCGCUGCUGGUGGUUUGGGCAUUAUUUUCGUCUCUGCUGUCCCCGCGCUAUAUAAACUCGGUCUUAUGGGUGAGAGUCCUAAAAAGGAUAUUGGCCGCUUGAUUCUGUUGACACUCAUCUCCGCCUACUACGGUCUCUUCUUUGCCGUCCCCCUCCGGAAAUACUUUGUCAUCAAACAAAAACUCAUCUUCCCAACUCCUACCGCAUCCGCUCAUACGAUUCGGUCCCUUCACGAUGGUGUCUCAGGAGAAGCUGUCGGCAAAUCCAAAGCCAAGGUUAUGGUCAUUUGCUUCACUUGCGCCAUCAUUUGGACUCUUGCUGGAUACUUUGCCCCUGGGGUAUUCCGAGACUGGCACAUUGCUUAUUGGUUUUACUCUUGGGGUUGGAAACCAGCCAUCCAAGCCGAGAAUUGGCAUUGGAUCCUCCAGUGGACACCUGCUUUCAUUGGAGCAGGUAUGCUCAGUGGAUUGAACGUGUCCGCAUCCAUGUGGCUCGGAAGUUUCUUGGCUUGGGGUGUUAUCGGUCCUAUCCUGAUCAGCAACGGUAAAGCUGUCGGAAAAGAUACAAAGUAUCCUGACCAAGUCAACUACUUUCGCUCCAUUACUGAAGACCCUUUAAACGCCCCUUCCCCUCGUUACUGGAUGCUCUGGCCAGGUGUCAUGCUCAUGGUGUGCACCAGUUUUGCGGAACUGCUCUGGAAUUGGAAGACUAUUGGUCUGGGUUUGCGAAAUACUUUUGCUGACAUUUGGAAUACAGUCACUCGUAAACGGUCAGAGGCAGCCCUGGAUGUUCAAAUGGACGACGAGGAUCCUACCUUGCCCAGCGAGAACAUUCCAACCGUUGUUUGGACAGGAGGCGUACUCCUUUCCGCCGUCUUCACGAUCGUCAUCUUGAACCAAUCCUUCAAUGUCGGUGUCGGCGAAGGCAUUCUUUCCAUCGUCCUCGCGUUCUUGUUUGCAUUUAUCGGCCUCCAAGCUGCUGGUCAAACCGAUAUCAACCCCGUCAGUGCCGUAGCAAAGACAUCCCAACUGGUUUUUGGUGGUGUGAGUAAGGGUAAAGGCAUGACGGAAGGUACCCAACUCCUUGAUGCACAACGGAUGAACUUGAUCGGAGGAGCUGUGGCAGCCGCCGCAGCCGCUCAAUCGGUCGAUAUGGUCGGUGAUCUGAAAACUGGCUACCUCCUACGUGCCACACCUCGCGGACAAUUUAUUGCGCAAAUCUUUGGCGCAUUUGUUUCUGUUUUCAUAUCCGUCGGUCUCUUUAUUUUGUACACCCAAGCGUACCCUUGCAUUAUCCGCACCCAAGAGGAGGACAAGCUUCACGACGAGUGCGAGUUUGCAAUGCCCUCUGUAGGGGCUUGGUCUGCGGUCGCCCAAGCUUUGACGGACAAGGACCCCACCAUUCCACAUUCCUCUGGGUACACAGCCAUCGGACUAGGUGUUACGGCAGUUGUAUCUGUUUGGAUCAAGAAUUCUAUGCCCGAGAAAUAUCAACACUACGUGCCAAACUUUAACGCAAUUGGUAUCGCAUUUGUGCUUGAGAGCACUGUAUACUCCAAUGCCAUGUUGAUUGGUGCAGUGAUAGCUCACAUCUGGGUCAAGCGCUGGCCCGCAUCAUGGGAAAUGGCUGGUUACGCCGUUGCAUCUGGUCUCAUUGCUGGCGAAGGUUUAUCUGGCCUCCUACAGGCCAUUCUAAACAUUGCCGAUUUGGGUGGUGAGAAGGUUGGAACGGGUUUCAUGUGUCCGCAUCGCGAGUAUUGUGGAUGAGAUGGAUAUCUCACUAGUGUAAUUCUAUGUACAAUUAAGGC